AUGGAGAAAUUCCAGGCUGCGAUGCUCCUGGGUGCAGUAGGAGAUGCCCUGGGGUACCGCAAGGGCCGCUGGGAGGGUUGCACUUCGGGAUCCCAGAUACAGAAGGAUCUUUCGGCUCUCGGCGGACUAGAAGCCCUAAAACUAGACCCAGACAACUGGCGCCUGAGUGAUGGGGCUUUAAUGCACAUGACCACAGCCGAGGCCCUUGUGUCAGAACACUGGUGUCUGGAGGAUCUGUACAGGGAGGUGGUGCGGCUCUAUGUGGAGGCCAUGGUGUCCCUGCAGGGUCGACCUCCCGACCCCAGCACUGCAGAAACUUGUUCCUACCUUAAACCAGACAAUCACCUGCUGGCCUGGCACACACCUUUCAAUGAAAAAGGUUCUGGAUUUGGAGCUGCAACAAAGGCUAUGUGUGUAGGCAUGCGCUACUGGCAGCCAGAGAGACUGGAAACACUGGUGGAAGUGAGCAUUGAAAUAGGUCGGAUGACCCACAACCACCCUAUAGGCUUCCUGGGCUCUCUGUGUACGGCCCUCUUUGCCUCGUAUGCAGUCCAAGGUAAACCCGUGGUGAACUGGGGCCGUGAUCUCAUGAAGGUGAUUCCCAAGGCUGAAGAUUACUGCAGGAAAACAAUACGCCACAUGGCAGAGUAUCAAGAAAAGUGGUUUUACUUUGAAGCCAAGUGGCAGUUUUAUUUGCAGGAAAGGUCCAUUGAAGAGGACGGUCAGAACGAGCCUCUGUUUCCGAACUGCUAUGACGCAGAUGAGACAGAUAAGGUGUACAAAAGCUGGAGCUCAGAGGGACGAGGAGGGCGAAAGGGCCACGAUGCUCCCAUGAUCGCCUAUGAUGCUCUGCUAGCUGCCGGCUCGGACUGGGGUGAGCUGUGCAAACGGGCCAUGUUCCACGGAGGAGAAAGCAGUGCUACAGGUCUGAUCGCUGGCUGUCUCUAUGGCCUGCUGUAUGGGUCGAGUCGGGUUCCUGCAGGUCUGUACCAAGACCUGGAGAAGAGGGACAAACUGGAGGAACUUGGAGCCAAACUGUUCCAAGCUGCUUCUGCUGAAAAAUGA